UGUGGUUUGUUUGUAGAUUGCCAUGAUAUGUUUGAAUCGUUCAGGAAAGUUCUUAUAUAUCACUUUUUAAUUUGAUGUCUCUUUUGCUGGAUUUCUCGUACACCACAAGCCUAAUAGAAAAAAGGAAGACAGCCAUAAAUCCACGUAGACAAUAUUUACAAGCGUUACCGUUGUUUUUGUGAUUUGUUAAGAUAUAGUGAUGGUUCUUUCUGUUGUUUUGGGAUGUACUUGAAGAUGUGACCUCCUUCAUGAAAGUCUUUAGUCCACUUUUACACAGUUAGUUUUACGGGAAAUAUUGGAAAUAUUUGUGGAGUUAAUUCAUAUUUGCGUUACGUUGAAGAUGUGCUCUUGAACCGGCCAGGUAGACCUCGUAAAAUAGAUGCCAUAAAGAAUUCUGCCUUUGUUUCUUGGCGACACAUGAGCUGUUAAACAUGGCGAUAGUUGUGGAAAGCCAGGUAGAAGCUUUGUAUCCGUACAGUUACGACGCUGCAGAUGGUAGGAGAAUUGCCUUUGAUGCUGGCGAAAACUUUACGUUGCUGUGCAAAGCAAAUGAUGAUUGGUGGCACGUAAGGAGAAAUAAUGACGAAAAACCAAUGUAUGUGCCUGCAAGCUACGUCCGAGAGCUAGACAUUGAGGAACAGAACAGCUCUAAAGGAAAACAUGAAGAUAAACUAGUACUUCGAACUUCGAGGGAUCUGUCUGAUAUUGGUGGUGACAAUAGAAAUUCAUUUCAUGAAGAUAGUAAUUCAGUUUUUAAAGACUCCGAGAGCAGUAAAUCUGAAGAGUGCGUAAAUCCAACUCAGAAACCUAAAACCCUUUCACCUGGUACUCGAUCAUUGGCCAAAACACUUCAAAAUAGUGGCAUACCACUUAGAGGAAGUGUAUCAUCAUCCCGUGGCAAUGAGAGACCUAAAUCCCAGUCUUUACCAGUAGGAUGGGUGGCUACAACAGACGAGGACUCUGGGAGACCAUAUUACUACAAUGCCAAAACAAAUGAAACAAGCUGGAAACCACCUAGAGCUUCACGGUCUGUCACUUCGCAUGAGGAUAAUGUUCCCCUUGGAUGGCAUAUUCGAUGUACUGAGUCAUCAGAUGAGUUGAACUAUUAUAAUGAUGAGAAUGAUGACAUUUGGGGAAAAUCAAUGGAUGAGAAUGGAAAAGUUUAUUUUUACAAAGUCAAUGGGACAGAAACUGCAUGGGAGUUACCAGAGAUCAAGAGCUCUUAUCGACAGUCUUUUGAAGCCCUGGAUGUUACCGAAAGAAGAGCAAGGUCUCCAAAUUGUAGUGACAGGAAAUCAAAGAGUCGUUCUUUGUUACCCAUGAGGUCCCCUUCUCGUAACCUUGAGUUAACCUUUCCUCCACCACCUGAUAUAAAUGAGCCUUGGACAAACACUCAUCAUCGAACAGAAUCCUGUCAAUCUGAAGACAGCUUGUCAUCAGAGACAGAAGAAUCRUGGCCACCACCUCCAGAGGAAUUCUCCAGCAUGAUCCAAGCACAGACUAUGGAAAAACAAGGCCAACUUAACCGUAAAAAGAUAGCUGAUAGUGGGAAUAAGAAAAUCAAGCGGCCAUCAUGGUCUUCCACAUUUGUUGUUCUGUUCUCUUCAAACUUGGUGUUUUACAAGGACCAAAAAGCUGCUCUGAAGAAACCUGAUCUUCAGCUUGGCAAACCAGAGAGCAGCUGUGAGCUGAGAGGAGCAACUCUGGAAUGGGCCCCAAGCUCAAUAACAAGGAAGAAAAAUGCUUUUCAGAUUUGUGCAGUGUCAGGACUGCAGCUUAUUUUACAAACUGAUAACCAAGGUGUUGGUCAAGACUGGUUUAAUGCUAUUGCAAGCAUUAUCAAAAGACUGAAUGAAGAAGACUCUAGUGUUGUAGGCACUGUACAAGGAAAAGCCGGACGAUGCAGUGCGUCAAGUUACGACAGCGAUGAAGAUGACAACACUGCAACUACCUCGCCUACUGUCACCCUUUCCCCUGGGGGGAUCAUAAGAUCACUAAGCAAAAAGAGAGCUGUAUUGGAUGACAAUAAAUCUAACAUCAAAGACAAGCUGCUUAAACUGAUCACCAGAAGACCACCAAUAGAAGAGUUAGAGAAAAAGGGAAUCCUUAUUGAACAAACCUUUGGGUGUCCAAUCCAGCAUCUCUGUGAUAGGGAGAAGACUACGGUACCAAAAUUUGUAACUUCAUGUAUCCAAGCAAUCGAAAACAGAGGUUUAUCAUUUGACGGAUUAUAUCGAGUGUGUGGAAAUGUUUCAUUGGUUCAACGUAUCAGGAUAAGUGUUGACCAAGAGGAUCCAAUCCAGCUAGGUGUUGGUCCCUUCGAAGACGUACACGCCCUGACGGGAUCCCUAAAACUGUACUUCAGGGAACUACCCGAGCCACUUAUACCAUUCGACUUCUUCAGUGGAUUCGUAGAAGCUAUAAAACAAAACACACGUAGCUCUAAAUUGGGAGCUCUUAAAGGCCUUGUUGGUCAGCUGCCGAAAAUCAACUAUGAAACCCURAAACAGCUCCUCGGUCACUUGACAAAAGUAAUGAAUGAACGUGAAUCAAACAGAAUGCAUGCCCAGAACCUUGCCAUAGUCUGGGGACCUAACAUGAUGAGACMACGCUACGAAGCAGCUAACAUGGCCAUGAAUAUGGUCUAUCAAAACCAGAUCAUUGAAUUCCUACUCCUUGAAUACAAAGAGAUUUUUAAGUGAUAAUCAAGCAGUUUAUAUAGGUUAUUAUUAUCAAUUUUCAGAGGGAGUAUUCCAUACAAUUCAGUCAUAUUGACUCCAAUAAUACAUCUACUACUACAAUUGACAACAUCAAAGCAGACAUUCAUAUACAUGCGAGUCAAUUUAAGAUAUUAUCAUAAGCUGUCAUGCACUACUAUUCAACUCAGUAUCUUAAUAUUAAGUUCAGCAAGUUUUUCCACUUGAGGUGGUAAGGGUUUCAAGAGGCUUAGUGUGGCUGCCUUGAACUGAGAAAACAUUCGUAUCUUUAUAUUGCUUUGGUCUGUGGAAGUGACUUAACUUGAAGAUGAACUAGGGCAGUCAGUGAUGGUUUUCAAAGAAACACUUAAAAUGACAAAUAUUUCUUAACUAAAAAUUUCAAUCCCAGCUAGGGAGAACAAUAUAAUAUUAGUAAAACAUUUCUAAUUGGUUUACCAGUGAUUUUAUACUUGUAAGGUUUGUGUCUUUAUGAUAAAUUGCAAGAUAUUCUUAGGCUACAACUAAUUAUUACUAUAUAACAAAAUGACAAGAUAAAUAGUAGUCAUGUUGGAUGACAUAACAAAAGAAAAGAAAUACAGCUUUUGUAAACCAUGCAACAUGGAAGAAUAAAUAUUAAAUGUAUGACUUAAUUGUUUUUAGAUUCUUGAAGUAGGUACCUUUAGUUCGCAUUUAUAGAUAGAUAAAUCAUGACAUUGGUAAAUACUGUGGCAAACAGAUUGAUUUUAUAAAUUUAAAAUUUCACUAGUUUUCUGGGUCUAUCUUGUCAUUUUAUUUAGUUAUUUUAUAUUCUGUGAUUCAAAGUACCCAGCAUUUACAAAAACUACAAUGGCUCUUAGGUCAGAUGUAGCAAAUUUGCUGAGGGCUUGGACUGGCUGGUGYAACAUUGCUGGUGACUUUUCCAACUUUUCCUGCAAAACCAUAAAUUAAGGAAUGUCGGUUACCCAUUUCUGGUCAGCGUACAGUAUAUGGGAAAAGUUAGUAUAGAACGUCAUGCCAUCAUCACAACAGUGUAAACGUGUCCAUGAUGGUUGUUGCAAACUAUAUUUGCAGAAGUAGAUAUUGCUUUUACUUCUGCAACAUUGCAAUGUUGCAUGCGAUUAACUGUAGCAUUGACAGUUUGUCCAAAGCUCUCUGAAACUAAAGCAAAGUAUAAAAACAGUUUGACAUUUGACCAGGGCUAAUAGAAAUUACAAAGCAGGCUGAAUUAACAGGUAUAUGAAAGUAAUACAUAUGUAACUGUGAACAUCAGUCUUGAAGGCAUUAAUUUUGAUAAAAUAUAUACAUUUAUAAAGAUAGGAUUAGAAUGUUAUACUGCUUCUUGAUACCUUGCACAGAUUAUUGUAAUCAUGUAAAUUUUGGUAGAUGUCAAUCAAAGCAUAAUCUCUAUGACAUCCCACAUACCCUUGAAAACUUGGUGUUUGCUGACAAUCCAUAUCCAUACCUCCCCCCCAAGCACAGAGGAAAAAUCCAAAUUUUCUUCCAUGCAAACUCUGCAAACUCUGUUGGGGGGGGGGGGGGGGUAUAUGGAUAAUUUCUGGAACUACACAAUCAUGGCAGAUCAUACGAUUCUGCUCUUGUUAUUGAGAAGCAGUGUAAAAUCCCAAAAAACUCUAAUAUAACUUUUGUACAUAUUUAUUAAAAUAUUGUGCCAUUUUUACUGUGUUUUCUCUCUCUAAGAGAUUUAAACUAAAUUGCAAAUGAAUCAAAUUUAGUAUACUAAUUGUGCAUUUUAAUUUGGAAUAAAUAGAAAAGAGCAAUCCAGAACAUUUUAUUUUUUUCUUAUUUGGUCAGACUUCAGUGGUUUGGAUUUCUUGUGACAUGCUGGUGUCUGGUUUGCCGAUAGAUAAUUACAAAAUUAUUARAUAUUUUUUACUAGAAACAAUUAUCUUUUAAAACAUUAAAACAAAAUAAAACUUA